AUGUGUGCAGCAGUUCAGGAGGAGCGUCAGAGGGCGAAGGAGCGCAGCGAGGCUGAAUUCGGUGGCUGUGCCAAUGAGGACAUGCCCGUGGAGAAGAUUCUGGAGGCCGAACUGGCAGUGGAACCAAAGACGGAGACCUACGUGGAGGCCAACCUGAGUCCGUCUGCCAAUUCUCCGAACGACCCUGUAACAAACAUCUGCCAAGCAGCUGACAAACAACUCUUUACCUUAGUGGAGUGGGCCAAGCGGAUACCUCACUUUUCGGACCUCCCGCUGGACGAUCAGGUCAUCCUUCUGCGAGCAGGGUGGAAUGAACUCCUGAUCGCUUCUUUUUCGCAUCGCUCCAUAGCUGUGAAAGAUGGGAUAUUAUUAGCUACAGGCCUUCACGUCCAUAGAAACAGCGCACAUACUGCUGGUGUUGGAGCCAUUUUUGACAGAGUGCUGACAGAGCUCGUGUCAAAGAUGAGAGACAUGCAAAUGGACAAGACUGAACUCGGAUGCCUGCGGGCUAUUGUUCUAUUCAAUCCAGAUUCAAAAGGAUUGUCUAAUCCAUCAGAGGUGGAGGCAUUAAGGGAACGAGUUUAUGCUUCACUAGAGGCCUACUGUAAACACAAAUACCCCGAUCAGCCUGGCAGGUUUGCCAAGCUGCUGCUGCGUCUGCCCGCCCUGCGCUCCAUCGGCCUCAAGUGUCUGGAGCAUCUCUUUUUCUUCAAGUUAAUUGGAGACACGCCGAUCGACACUUUCCUCAUGGAGAUGCUGGAAGCGCCGCAUCAAAUCACAUAAACUCCACAUGUACGAAACACACGGCAGGAACAUUACGCAGUUUGCUCAAUACUGUCCAACCCAUUCAUUACGGAAUACCAUGCCGGAUUAAGUGAGUUUUUCCUGGUUUGCAUGCACGUUUGGGAAGUCUCACAACCUUCUGGAGUUGUUUUUUUCCCCAUUUCCUUUGCCUUACAGAGGUCUGCCUCUGCUUUCCACAGCCGAACCGCCUCAUCUCUGAACUCACAAUCAUUUUGCUGUGAAUGAGAGGACACUAAAUACCUCAGAUGCACUUCUACAUGCAGCUGUCCUUAAAACACAUCACUGUCGAUUUCAGUGGGUACGUUUACAUGGUCAUGAAUCAUCCAAUUAUUUAUCUUCUUCUGAAUCAGGCUCAUUAUCAGAUUUACUCGUGGUUUUAAAAUAUGAAAUUGUGCGUGACUGCGUCUUUGCUGUUUUUAAAUAUAAACAUUGUUUAUGUAGGCCACUAUUUAUUUACGCUGCUCACUGCGCACGUGAUUAAGCAUAAGAAAGCUGAUUGGCUGAAAAGAUUGCGCAUGGUAACUACCGUCAUCCGCACACAAUCCUUACAGCCUUCGCUUGCGUUCAUUCACAUUCUCUCUCUCUCUCUCUCUCUCUCUAUCUCUCUCUCUCUCUCACACACACACACACACGUAGGUAUUCACCACGCACAAGUUAAUGCCGGAUCCAUUAAAAUAAAUACCGGAACGCAAAACACGAAUUUCUGACAUUUUCCAGAACACGAUCCGGCAAGAUCCAGCUCAAAUUAAGCUCUGCUCAUGCCAUCUUAGUGUGAAUCCUUAUGCAAAAUGCAGUGCAGAGUCCCACAUGACAGUAAUAGUGUGGUUAAUGUGUUUAUACUGCACUUCAACAAUGCAGCUAAAAUGGAAAUAACCCACGUCUUAACUCUUUUGUUUACUUUGAGGAUGCCGGAUUAAGGUGAAUUCUGUUUACAUGGUAGAAUCUUAAUCAGAGCAUUGCCUUAAUCGUAUUUAUAUCAGAACACUGUUGUCCAUGUAAACGUACCGCGUGUUAGCAGGACCACAGUCACAUUAGUUGUUUUUUUCCCAGGCACUUAGAAACUGUUUCUUUCAGGCGUCCGGGUUACAGAGAGUCCAUCUUCAUGAGGAAGAAACUACACACAGUUUGGCUUUAAGUUCCUUUCUAUUUGGAAGAUAUAUCGGCCUAUGAAUAACACAAUGGUCUAAAAAGAAUGAAAAGCAGGUGUUCUCCUGGCUGAACUCACGCUGGAUGAAAAAACACAAUGAUUCAUUGUUAGAUUUGUAAAAAAGACGCUUUUUCAUGAUGUUUUGCCUCUAUAAUUCAGCAUAAAUAUGUAUUAAGCAUUUCCAAAGAUUUUCAAUAAUGUUUAUAUGUCAUCUGAUAAUUCCCAGCAAGCAGGGUGUUUGUGAUUUGAAAAUAUGCAAGGAGUUAAAGGAAUCCAGAUGAUCGUCUGGCCUCAGGGAAUCGCCAGGAUUUUGGAAGUGCCGCUUCUGUCCCCUAUUGGAAGAGUUGCGACAUUACAGCUUACAGUUCAAGGUUGGGCUUUAAUGAAAUGCUUGGUACACUUGCAAAACAUCCAUUUCUAAGCCUUGACAUGAAUGCAAAAACACUAAUUUUCUUGUGUGUUUUUUUUUUGGUUCUUUUUUUUGGUGUCUAUCAUAAGGAAGAAACUGUAAAUGUUGAUAACUGUCCACCUUUUUCCUACGCCCCAUGAUACUUUUCAUGAUUUAUUGAAGUAACAUUAAAUUUUAAACAGUAAGUGACAAUUUAAAAAAAUGUGUUUAAUGAGAUAUAUUAAAACAAAAAAAAAUAUGGAUAUUAAAAAUAAAAAUUCUUAGAAAUAAUAAAUUACUUUCGGCGGAGCAUGAAAACCCCCAAAACUCUAAACUAAUCUUUUUACAGCAAUCUUACAGACAUAUAUUAAAUAUUACUGUACUAUAGAGAAUACAAAAUAAAGCAGACGAGCAACACAGGUAUCUUAAAUGAGCUUAUACACUCACCAGCCACUUUAUUAGGUACACCUUACUAGUACCGGGUUGGACCCACUUUUGCCUUUAGAAACUCCUUAAUCCUUCUUAACAAAGAUUCAGCAAGGUACUGGAUAUUUUCCUCUGAGAUUUUCAUUCUUCAGAGUCCAUAUUGACAUGAUAGCAUCAUACUGUUGCUGCAGAUUUGUCGGCUGCACAUCCAUGAUGCGAAUCUCCUGUUCCACCACAUCCCAAAGGUGCUCUAUUGGAUUGAGAUCUAGUGACUGUGGAGGUCAUUUGAGUACAGUGAACUCAUUGUCAUGUUUAGGACACCAGUCUGAGAUGAUUUGCGCUUUAUGACAUGGUGCAUUAUUUUGCUGGAGGUAGACAUCAGAAGAUGGGGACACUGUGGUCAUGAAGGGAUGGACAUGUUCAACAACAAUACUCACGUAGGCCGUGGUGUUGACUUGAUGCUCAAUUGGUACUAAUGGGCCCAAACUGUGCCAAGAAAAUAUCCCCCACACCAUUACACCACCACCAGCAGCCUGAACUGUUGAUAUAAGGCAGGAUGGAUCCAUGUUUUCAUGUUGUUGAUGCCAAAUUCUGACCCCACCAUCUGAAUGUCGCAGCAGAAAUCGAGACUCAUCAGACCAGGCAACAUUUUUCCAAUCUUCUAUUGUACAAUUUUGGUGAGCCUGUGCUAAUUGUUCUUAGCUGACAGGAGUGGCACCCGGUGUGGUCUUCUGCUGCUGUAGCCCAUCCGCCUCAAGGUUGGACGUGUUGUGUGUUCAGAGAUGCUCUUAUGCAUACCUCAGUUGUAACAAGUGGUUAUUUGAGUUACUGUUGCCUUUCUAUCAGCUGGAACCAGUCUGGCCAUUCUCCUCUGACCUCUGGCAUCAACAAGGCAUUUGCGCCCACAGAACAGCCACUCACUGGAUAUUUCCUCUUUGUCGGACCAUUCUCUAUAAACCCUAGAGAUGGUUGUGCGUGAAAAUCCCAGUAGAUCAGCAGUUUCUGAAAUACUCAGACCAGCUCGUCUGGCACCAACAACCAUGCCACAUUCAAAGUUACUUAAACUACCUUUCUUCCCCAUUCUGAUGCUCGGUUUGAACUGCAGCAGAUCGUCUUGUCCAUGUCUACAUGCCUAAAUGCAUUACCAUAUGAUUGGCUGAUUAGAAUUUUGCAUUAACAAGCAGUUGGAUAGGUGUACCUAAUAUAGUAACCAGUGAGUGUACAUAAAUAUGCCUGUGACAAUAUAAUAUAAUGUAAUUAUAAUAAAUUACAGUAUAUGACAAUAAACACAGUAUAUGUUACAUUGACACAAACAAGCAUACCCUUAUUAUCCUCCAUCGUGGCACAAAGCCAAACAUACAGUAUGCCUCACUGACUUUACAGUGAAUUUAGUUCUUUUUAAAUGGAAUUUCGCCAAACCGGAAGUGCAAUCCAUAAAUUGAAAUGCAGUAUUUAUGAAAUGAUGGGAAAAAGGUGGAUAGAUUUCAUACCAUUUGUAUUGACCCAUCAAACCUCAAUUGCGGAUUGAGCCAAUCUGAACAAGUGUUUUCAUGAUGAUGGUGAAUUCUGAAUUAUUAUUGGAAUUCGGGGAGGUAUGUGCACUGCAGAGCUUCAGCAUUCAUGGAAAGUGCAGAAGAUCGACUGAUUUUUAAACAUGGAUUAAAUCAGCCUUAAAUCACCCUUUAGGCUGGAUAGUCAGGCACACUCCUGUUGAUUUCGUCAAUCUGGCAACCUGCGCUUGUGUUUUGAUCCAGGAAUGCAAUACCUAAUUCAACCACUGGGUGUCAAACUUACAUGCUGCACCUUUAAAGCAGCAUGACAUUUUUACAGUGUAUAGUAAUAAUAAAAUACGCACGCACAAAAUUGUUGAUUCCACUGGAAAAAAAACUACAGUGGUCACUAAAAUACCUUAAAACUGGAAAAAGUUCAAAUUUUACCGAAAAUAAACUAAGGAAAAUCGGAAAUUGCUUUCAAAUUGUGGUUCAACAAAAGCAUUAAAAAAUUAAAGCUGCAAGCAGCGAUGAAAGGGACCUCGCACACGGGCUCACCGCCGCCCGGUGGCCGUAGGACGACAGAGAACCGCGAACAAUAAUAAUUUAAGCCGAUAUAUAUAAAAAACCUGAGAAAAUCAAGGAUUUAUGCCAUACUUGCUCCUGUCAGCAGGUGGCGCUAUGACUGUGACUCAAUAUUGAUAUGUAGAUGUCUUCAGGAGUGGAUUUUAAUCAACCAUGUGAAUUUUCAGGCAGAUCGGACAUUGUGUGGCUGAGUUAUAGGCAAUUUUACUGUUCCCAGCAGGUGGCGCUAUAACUUUAACUGGAUAUUGAUAUGUAAACAUGUUCAGGUCAGGACGGUUAUCAAUUGUGUGAAUUUUGAGGCAGAUCGGAUCAUGUAUGCCUGAGUUAUAAUGACUUUCUGUUUUGUGGCGAAUUGUCAAAGUUUGCGAGGCCGCCACGGACACGCCCAUCGAGUAAAGCUCUAAAGCUUCGCAAUUUAACAUCGCCAAGGCCUUUAGAUGACAAAACCCAAUUUUGGUGUCGAUCGGAUGAAAUCCCUAGGAGGAGUUCGUUAAAGUACAAAGCCUGGAAAUGGCAAAAACGCCACUUUUUCGCCGCAGGAAGCUAAAAAUAUACGACUUCCUGUUGGGUUUGAGAUUUCGCUCCAAGAGACUUUUUCGUAGGUUUUGGCAUGUUUGACGUGUGUGCCAAGUUUCGUGCGUGUGCGAGAUUCGUAGCUCGGGGGCCUGUCCGUUUAAUUUUUAUAGGUGGCGCCAGCAGGUGGCGCUAUAACUGUAUCGGGAUAUUGGCAUGUAAGCGUGUUCAGGUCAGGACGGUGAUCAAAUGUGUGAGUUUUGAGGCUGAUUGGAUCAUGCAUGCCUGAGUUAUAACAACUUCCUGUUUUGUGGCGAACCAUCAAAGUUUGCGAGGCCGCCACGGACACACCCAUCGACGAAAACUCUGGACCUUCACAAUAUAUCAUCGCUAGAGUGUUCAGAGGACACCUCUCAAAUUUGGUGCUGAUAUGACCAAAUUUGUGGGGGGAGUUUGUUACAAUGUAAAAUCAUGUCAUUUCCUGUAGCCAGCAGGUGGCGCUAUAACUGUAUCGGGAUAUUGGCAUGUAAACGUGUUCAGGUCAGGACGGUUAUCAAACGUGUGAAU